CCGGGACUACUUUUGUCUGGAAUUUGCCUGCGUUCGUUAACCCUAGCUUCUCUUCUAGAUCUGGAAGAAGCUCUUCUCUUAAUUUCAGACCCUUACCUUAAUACAAGUAACAACAGUUUAUUGUUUGUUCCCCCCAAAAGUUUGGGGGUUCAACUGAACCCCCAUGUCCCAAGUUGGAUUCGCCCCUGUCUCAUGCCCAGGGAUAUGUGAUCUUGGUUAUUUGUUGAGGGAGGGAGAAGUUAUCUGGCAAUUUCAGGGUGUUUUGAGUUAAAGGAAGUUAAAGGAAAUUUGAUAGUGAUAGUGUUGCAAUUUGGGUUUUAUCAAAUCAGCUAUGGACUCAGUGGUGUUGGAGUGUGGCGACAUCUCCGCUUCCCAGGAAGAACUCCUUGCCCACUCCUCAUUCCUCAAUGGUGGUGAUGAUGGUGAGGUCUUCAGCACACCUCCCACAACUCAAGAGGACGCCAUCACCAUGUGCACCCUCCCCUUCACCCAGUCCCAGUCCCCAGCACCAGCACCAUUGCCAUCACCAGCAGCCGUGUCGCGCACCACCCCUGGAUGCAGCUCCUCAGAGGACAACCGAGACGAUGAGAUGAGCGAUAUUGUCAAGCAGCGGCGCAGGCCUAGGGUUUGCACAAGAAAGGUGAGGUGGGGUGCCAAGAUCAGGACCCCAACCCCAAGCCCAGAUCGCACCACCUCUGAAGUGGAGAACAAGGAUGGUGAUCCUCUGUACAAGGCAGUUCUCAUGAUUCCCACAAGGGAUAGCACUCCUGCCAUUCCUAUGGACCUGAUCGCGCUUGCUCGCCAGCGAGGCCUCUUCUAGCAGAUGGACCUUGCUAUCAGUUGUUUUUAAACUAUUGAACUGAACUCUGGAGGUCAGGUCACUAUCUCCUUCCCAGUUUACCUUUGCUUUGGAGGGCUCAACUUGUCAAAUCCCAACCGAAGGCACUGUUUAACUAAUUUAGUGAGGUGGUUAGUAUAUCUGGUUUUUACCACUGUGGUGUUCAGAAGUUGUAGUUGCCUGGACAAGCAGGUUUACUCGGGUUAUUCAAUGAUGAAUCAUGGAAACUUGCCGAAUGCCAUCAAACAUCUUUGGUGAUAUAUAUAAGUUCACUGCAUUGGAGAACUCUUGUGUUUCCUUCCUCUCCACUUGCCAUUUCACUCAGCUUGGUACUUGUGUUUCUGCUAUCUUGUGCACCUAAAUCUGACAUUGUUUCAUAUUUAUAGUGCAUAAGAAAUCGAGAGCAGCUAUGACUGAGCAAA